AUGGAUCCUGCAGAUCCCGGAGAUCCUGGAGAUUCUUUAGAUCCUGCAGAUCUUGCAGAUUCUGUAGAUCCUGCAGAUCCUGUAGAUCCUGUAGAUCUUGUAGAUCCUGUAGAUUCUGCAGAUCCUACAGAUCCCGCAGAUCCUGGAGAUUCUGUAGAUCCUGCAGAUCCUGCAGAUUCUGUAGAUCCUGCAGAUCCUGUAGCUCAUGUAGAUCCUGUAGAUCCUGUAGAUCCUGUAGAUCCCGUAGAUCCCGUAGAUCCUGUAGAUCCCGUAGAUCCCGUAGAUCCCGUAGAUCCCGUAGAUCCCGUAGAUCCUGUAGAUCAUGUAUAA